ACUACCUGAAAGCCUAGACCAUAUCCUGUGGACAGGCCUGUGUGGAUUACCCGGUGCUGACUUGGUUCAGAAGGAAGAAGCCUGUGCUACAGACAUGCCAUAUGGGCAGUGGUUGGACUCCAGCUGCCACACUCCUGAUUCAGCUCCCUGCUAAUGUGCCUGGGCGAGAGGAGAAGAUGGCCCAAGUGCUGUGGAUCUACGCCCUUGUGGGAGACUCAGCUGAAGCUCCUGGCUCCUGACCUCAGCCUGGCCCAGACCUGCCUGUUGUCAUCCUCUGGGGAGAUUGGGCAUGGUCGCUGUGAGGGCCCGACGGGACCGUGAGCAAGCAGCGACAAUUGCCAAAUAUGAGCAGGGCCACCAAGGUGUGGCUCUAUCUGAGCCUGAAGAAGAGGAUGAUGACAGCGGCCGCCUCUUCCCAGACAGGCUUGGAUUUCUACAUGAGAAGAUGCUGCUUCAGGACAGUGUCCUGGGGACUAAGCAGAAACAGAUGGAAACUCGGAGACUCCAAAAGUGGGUCAAAAUGUUGAAGAAUUAUACCAAAUAUUGUGACAGCAAGAAGUUCCAUCGGAGCUGCUUCAAAGGAAUCCCCAGCCAGGUGCGGGGAAGCAUCUGGAUGCUAAUGCUUGAUGUGAACACGAAGAAAGCCCAGAACGUGGGGAAGUACAAGGCAAUGAAGGAGCAGUCCAGGCUGCAGUCAACGCCAUUCGACCAGAUCAACUGGCCUGUGCGAGGGAGCUUCCGAAAUCACGUGCUGUUCCAAGAACGCAAUGGAGCCAGGCAGCAGGCUUUGCUUGAUGUUUUGAUGGCCUACACCGUGUACAACCCUGAGGUGGGCUGUGGCCAAGGCCUGAGCCAUCUAGUGGCGCUAUUGCUGAUGUGGCUGAGCGAGGAAGACACAUUCUGGGCUCUGGUCCAGCUGAUGGAGAACAAGAAAUAUGCGAUGUCCGGUCUCUACACACUCGGAUCACCAAAGCUGAAGACACUGCAGAACCACCUGGGAGAUAUUGUGCACCGCACCCUCCCGGCUCUCGAGCAACACCUGGAGCAGCAGGGACUCAACCUCCAGGACUGCACGGCACACUGGUUUACUCAGUGUUUUCUGGAUGUGGCUCCAUUCCCCCUGGCACUGAGGAUGUGGGACAUCUUCGUCCUGGAAGGGCAGCAUGUGCUCACCACCAUGGCCUACACGAUGUUGAAGGUUCACAGAAGGCGCCUGCUGAAGAUGACCAGGGACCACCUGCAGGAAUUCCUCCAGGAGAGCCUGAAGCAAGUCUGGACCCCGGGCGAUGACAUUGUCAUCAAGCAGCUCCAGGCCUCAAAGCAUGAGCUGCGGAAGCUGCACUGUCUCCUGCCUCCCCAAGCAAAGCCCAAUGAGUCCUGCAGCCUGUGUCUGGGGCUGCCACGUGUUUCCCUAGAGCAGAUGCCUCCUCCAAAGAUACUGAAACCUUCCAAUAUGACUGCAGAGAGCUCGUCCCCAGCGGUGGGGCUCAAGACCUCACACCUAAAGAGCAUCCUUGGCAGCCCACCUUGCCGCGGGGACAGUCCCAGCCUGAAGCCUGCUAGAGUCAUUGCUUUGCGAGGACCACAGCCCUGGGUGCCCUCGCCUACCAGUAGCUGCCUUGCCAUCCGCUCCCUGAGGCAGCUGCAGCUCUCCAGGAUGCUGCAAGACCGGCGCAGUGAGUGUGGGACCGCCUUCCGCUUCCGGCGGCGUGCGUGCGGGCGUGAGGAGGAGCAGCAGUUGCGUGCGAGCGGCUCAGUGGCGCGGGCUGUGCGGGCGUGCGGGGAAGACGCGUGUGGGCGCGGGGCGGGCGGCGCGGGGAGGCCUCCCGCGGGCCUCGAGGGCGGUCCUUGCAGCAAGCGGCUCCCGAGUGGGAAGUGGACAGUGGGGACCUGCUGGAGAGGGGACUCCGGAGAGGUAGUUUUGAGUCAGUUCCUUGUGCAGCCCUGA